UAUUAAACUUGUAAAAAUGAAUAGUAAUAAUGAAUACAUCUCUGAUAUUAACUGUUCAGAUAACAAUGAACCUUAUGAUACUAAUGAGGAUUCUAUUCAAGAAUCAAGUACGAAUAAAAUUCAGAUAAGGCUUAUUCAAACUAAAAAAAAAUUGGCCCCCAUCUAG